AUGCUUGCAACAGCCUUGGUGGUGAGCUUGAAAGCUGUCUCCAAGAUCGUCAUUAUUUGUGCAGGUGGGGCUUACCUGGAAAAGGCUGGAGUGCUUCACAAAGAGAUGCGCAAAGGCGUGUCAGAAGCCUUCGUAAAGCUCCUUUUGCCAUGUCUACUCUUCACUCGGAUCAUUCCCACGAUGUCUUUGGAGACUUUGCCAAAGCUUGGUUGGUUGGCCAUGGCUAAUCUUUUGUAUGUGUCGCUCGGGCUAUGUAUUGGUUACCUGGCCGUUUUGCUGACAAACCCUCCUCGCAGCAUGCGACGAAUAUUGAUGGCGACGCCAGCUAUCGGACAUGCGAACUCUAUACCUUUUAUGCUGGUCUCUCUGGUGAUGACGGAGGACCCUGCCUUCCAACCAGGAGACAGUACCACAGCACAAGGCUACGUCGGCUUAUACUUGGUCAUGCACAGCAUCACCUUGUGGGGUGUUGGAAUGAAUGUCAUCAAGAAGGAGAAGGAAGACGAGCCCGCUCUCACGGCUCAUGGGACUCCCAAUAGUCAAGCAGAGGACAGCCAAAGGCCGCAAACGCUGGGCCGUGCUGCAGGGUUGGGCCUCGGAUCGGGACACAGUGGUGGAGCCAUGAGCGUCAGCGAGGCGCGUGAAGAGCAGUGGUCGCAUUCGAUUUCUGGCUUAGAGCUUGGGUCGCCGGUCACUUCCAGCGGACCGAACACGAAAGGCCAACAGGCGAUCUGCGACCCCAAAUCUUUGCGGCGCUUCGUUCCGAAAUGGGUCAAUCGGCCCAUGGCUACGGCCAUCCUCUCUGCUCUUCUUGGACUGAUCCCAGGGCUUCAUGGAGUCCUUGUGCCAGAUUCGGGGCCGCUAAACUUCCUUUUUGGAGCCAUGAGCAGUUUGGGAUCGGCGGGCCCGGCGAUUAGUCUGCUGGCUGUCGGCGCCAAUUUCGUAGCGGAUGGAUUUCCCCGCCCGUCCUUGAUUGGCUAUGUACCAUUGGUUGCCCUCAUUGUGGGCCGACUUCUGAUUCUUCCUGCUUGCUGCAUUGCUCUUUGGGUAACUCUCAGGCACUACACAACUUUCUUCCCAGCUGAUCCAGCACUGAUGCUGGUGAUGUGCAUUGAGUGCUGCACACCCACAGCUUACAACCUGGUGACCGUCUGCAUUCUGAAUGGCGUCGGUGCCAAGGAGUUGACGGCCGGACUGUUUUACCAAAAUCUGGUGGCAAUUUUUGCCCUCACUGCAUGGACCACCGUAAUUAUGUCUUUCGUCAUCUAG